AUGACAGGCGUCAUAAUUAACCUCUCAUUGAUUGAUCAGUUCGUCGAGUCGGCCUCUCCGUCCGAAAGUAACGAAGCGAAUCUUACGUGGGAAAUAGUCGGUACAGGAGAGGGCCUUGGUGGUCUCGCGCACAAGACCUCGAGAGCGAGCGAGCGAGCAAGAACGCAGAGCAGCUCCGUUCUCAUUCUCGGCUCACGCCAGAGUCUAUCACCCGCAGCGCGGCGAAAAAUGGAGCACGGGGAGCCCUGUCCAAGGGCCGAGGUCGACCUGGAGAAGAAAGCCAAGGAGAAUAGUAGUGCCGCGGGUAAUCAUGGAGAUGCUCAAAUGAAUGGUAUGACUAAUGGUUACGAUCAUAAAAAAGAGCACAAGUCUGAACACAAAGAUAAAGACAAAGAACGAAGUCACAAGUCUGAACACAAGGAUAAAGAAAGAAGUAAAGAUAAAGAAAAGAGCCAUAAAAGUGAACAUCGAGAUAAGGAUCGACAUAAACAUAGUUCCAGUUCUUCAAAGGACAAAGAAAAGCAUAGCAGUAGUAGUAGUAGCAAUAGCAAGGAUAAGGAAAGAGAUAAAGAAAAGAACAAAGAUAAGGAUAGGAAAAGUAGUUCAUCCAGUCGAGAUAAAGAACACAAGGGCUCAACCAGUUCAAGCCGAGACAAAGAAAAAGAUAAGGAAAGAAGCAAAGACAAAGAACAUCAUAAGUCAAGUUCAAGCUCUAAAGACAAGCACCACAGCAGCAGUUCGAAGGAUAAAGAAAGGAGUAAGGACAAAGAUAAACACAAAGAUAGACACAGUUCCUCUCAAAGUUCUUCUCGGGAGAAGGAUAAGGAGAAGAGCUCUAAAGAUAAGGAGAAGAAGCAUUCCUCUGAUAAAGACAAAGAUCGCCAUUCCACGUCCCAUUCGUCUGACAAGGACAAACAACGGUCUGAAAAAGACAAAGAGAAACAUGGUUCCUCGGAUAAAGACAAAGAUAGACAUCGGCAUGACAAAGACAAAGAUCGACAUCGGCACAGUAAAGAGAAAUCUAAACAUCGCGAUGAGAAAGAAAAGAAAGAAAGGAUUAAAGAAGAGAUUAAAAUAAAAGAAGAUCCCGACGCAAUUAUUGGACUGGACAUUAAACAAGAAAUUAAAUUGGAACAAGAGACUUAUGAAAAAGCGGAAGAAGAUUACGAUAGUGGAGACGAUAGUCAAAGACUGUACAUCAAAGAAGAGGAUGAAGAAAUUAAGGAAGAAAAUAGCAUGGAUUCAAACGAUGGAAAUGACACUAGACUUUCUGAAAUGCAUAAUACAACUAUUAAGUCUAUGGAAGAAGAUGAAGAUAUUGAUGAAGAUAUACCAUUAGCAAACAGAUCGACAAUAUCACCAGGAAUUAAAAGAAAAGUAGAAAGCUCAGAAGAAGAUGAUGACGUACCCUUAUCAGCUCGGAAAAAAUCAAAAAAAGAACCUGCGGCAGCUAAGAAAAAGAAGAAAAAGAAGAUUAUCAGUGAAAUUGAAGAUUAUGAUGACCGCGAAGAGAAAGUACAGAAAAAACGAAAGCCAAAAGCUGUGAAAGUAGAAGUCGAAAGUCCGAAGAAAAAAAAGAAGGAGGAAGAACAAGAAGUUUGGAAGUGGUGGGAAGAAGAGAAAAAAAACGAUGGAACCAAAUGGCAUUUCUUGGAACAUAAAGGACCAGUAUUUGCACCGGAAUAUGAGCCUUUACCUUCCAGUGUUAAAUUUUAUUACAAUGGCAAAGAAAUCAAAUUGAGCCACGAUGCCGAAGAAGUAGCAACAUUUUAUGCUCGUAUGUUAGACCAUGAUUAUACAACGAAACAAGUAUUUAACGAUAACUUUUUUCACGAUUGGCGUGAAAUUAUGACAGACUCGGAAAGAGCCAAAAUUACAGACUUGAGAAAGUGUAAUUUCACAGAAAUCAAUAAUUACUUCAUUCAGAAAAGUGAAGAGCGUAAGGCUAUGACAAAAGAAGAGAAAAAAGCUAUCAAAGAGAAAAAUGAAGAAAUUCAAAAGGAAUAUGGCAUUUGUACUAUCGAUGGUCACAAAGAAAAGAUUGGUAAUUUUAAAAUUGAGCCACCGGGCUUGUUUAGAGGGCGUGGAGAGCAUCCAAAAAUGGGAAAAUUGAAAAGGAGAGUAAAUCCAGAAGAUGUACUAAUUAAUUGUUCUAAAGAUUCGAGUUUCCCCAAAGCUCCAAACGGUCGUAGGUGGAAAGAGAUUAGACACGAUCCUACAGUAACUUGGCUAGCAUCUUGGACUGAGAAUGUCCAAGGACAAGUUAAAUAUGUCAUGUUAAACCCUUCGAGUAAAUUGAAAGGUGAGAAGGAUUGGCAAAAAUAUGAGACUGCUAGAAAACUUGCAAAAUCUGUAGAUAAAAUUAGAGCAACAUAUCGAGAAGACUGGAAAAGUAAAGAAAUGCGUAUUAGGCAAAGGGCUGUUGCAUUAUAUUUUAUUGAUAAACUUGCUCUCAGAGCUGGUAACGAGAAAGAUGAGGAUCAAGCUGAUACAGUUGGUUGCUGUUCUUUGCGUGUAGAGCACAUUACUUUACACGAACAAAAAGAUGAUAAAGAAUAUGUAGUUGUGUUCGAUUUCUUGGGUAAGGAUUCGAUCCGAUAUUAUAACGAGGUUCCAGUGGAGAAACGUGUAUUCAAGAGCCUUCAACUUUUCAUGGAUAAUAAAUCACCUGGAGAUGAACUUUUUGAUCGUCUCAAUACCACAGUAAUGAAUAAACAUUUGAAUGAAUUGAUGGAGGGCCUUACAGCUAAAGUGUUCAGAACAUAUAAUGCAUCAUGGACGCUACAGCAACAGCUAGAAAAACUUACGAACCCUGACGAUACAGUAGCAGAAAAGAUACUUUCCUAUAACAGAGCUAACAGAGCUGUUGCAAUAUUGUGUAACCAUCAACGUUCAGUUCCAAAAACUCAUGAAAAAUCUAUGGAAAAUUUAAAAUCCAAAAUUGACGCUAAAAGAGAUGCCGUAUCAGAUGCAGAAGCAGCUGUUAUUGAUGCUAAACGUGAUGCAAAGAAUGGUUCUGUUAAAGAAAAAGUUUUAUAUGAGAAAAAAAAGAAACAGCUCGAACGAUUGAGAGAGCAAUUAACAAAAUUGGAGGUUCAAGCUACCGAUAAAGAAGAAAAUAAAGAAAUCGCACUUGGUACUAGUAAGCUAAAUUAUCUCGAUCCACGUAUUUCGGCUGCAUGGUGUAAGAAACACGAUGUGCCGAUUGAGAAAAUUUAUAAUAAAACACAAAGAGACAAAUUCCGAUGGGCAAUAGAUAUGGCUGGUGCUGACUACGUCUUUUAACCCUGUGAAUCUCAAUGAUAUGUAACAGUGCGAUUUAUCUCUUUAGUCAAUUUUACUUUAAUUGUGGAAAUGUCUAGAAUAAUAUGAGUUUUUCGUAACUAAAAUUUGCGUGCGUGAGUAAAUGUUGUAUAUUGUCUAGAUAAUUGAUUUCAAGAUAAUUGUCUAGAAAUAUUGAGAGAGAAAAUCUAGUUAAUUGUCUAGAUAAAAUAAUGUUAGAUACGUCUUAUGUUAUCUUAAUGUUUUUAAGAUAAUUUUCGAACACCUCUUGUAAAGGAUGAUUUAAUUUUUUUGUAAUUGACGAAAAUUAAUAUUCAAUGGUAUAAAUAGAUAGGCGAUGAUUUUAUGGUUUGAGUCUGUAAAUUGAUGUUAAUGGCUUUUAAUAACUCAACCUAUUUUGAUUAUGUAAUGAAAUCUCUGCAGUGAAAACAAUGUGAAUUUAUCU